AUGACGAUGUCCGGGGUUCCGCAGUCGUCGGUGCCGACUGGUGUUCAGACUCCAACCGCGGCCACCGCCACUUCUCUUCCCACACACGGUUUUAAUCUCAAUCCAGCAUACAGACCUCCAUUCUGGCAUGCGAACUCGAUGAACGGUCAAUCGGGUGAUCCGACCGGCAGUGAUCGACAAUCCGAAGGCUCACCCCCAGCACCAACAACCACUGCACAAGUGCAAAGCAAUUAUCUGCAAGCACACUAUUGGAACAAUGCUGCCAAAUUCGCACAAGCACAGCAGGUAGCUGGGCAACAAAACACAGUGACCAAUGGUGACACGAAGCCCUUUGUUGCUGCAGCUACUGCAGCUGCAGCUGCUGCUACUGGAGGUUUUGAUAUGAUGAAUAUGGGAAGCGCUGAGUCUCUGGUUGGAUACGGCUUCCCGCCAGCUUAUGCGGCUUAUCAUGCAUAUCAACAUCCUUUUGGAUACGGAUAUCCAACAAUGAAUGCUCUUGAUAUGAGUCAUCUUGGAGAUGCUUCGAGUCUCGAUUGGACGGGAAAUCAUUCGCAAAGGAAAAAGCGCAAACCGUAUACGAAAUAUCAGACUCUUGAGCUCGAGAAGGAGUUUUUAUACAACACCUAUGUGUCUAAGCAGAAACGCUGGGAGUUGGCAAGAAAUCUGAAUUUGUCAGAGAGACAAGUGAAGAUUUGGUUUCAGAAUCGGCGAAUGAAGGACAAAAAGCAAAAGCAAAGGAGUCAACUGGACGGGAUCGCUUCACAAGUGUGCGCCAGUCCUGAA